AUGGAUUCCAAUAACCAGCACCAUCAGAUUCUAAUAAUUUGGUUAUUGUUGUUGGCAAUUUUAUUAUUAUUAACAAGUUUGCCUACUGUUGACUGCACAACAUCAACUGCAAAUUCAUCAUCAUCACAAAAUAUUAAUUAUAAUGAAUUGGAAAACUCUCCCUCUUUUUCACUGUAUCAAUUCGAACAAUCACCUCCUGUAAAUAUUCAAGAACUUUCCGGAAAGAGAGAAAUUCAAAACAACUUUAUGAGUAUUGCUACCAUGCAAAACAAAUUCUACAGCUCUGCUUCACAGAUAAUUGUCCGUUUGAUGAUGAAAAACACAUCAAAUACAGAAGCAAUUUGUUCGGAGAAUGAUCCUUGUUAUAGUUUUAGUCAACUGUUUGACAGUAUGAAAUUAUUGAUGGAUAGAAAUAUUCAAGCGAUGACUGCCAAAAAUGUUACUGUUAAUAUUCUGUUUCUUGUAAAUAUUGAUAGUGACCUAUUGUUAAAUACCUAUGGGGAUGUUAAUUUACCAUCAAAUCCAUUGAUUUCUUACUUUUUCAUGUUCCAAAGUUCUGACAAGAGAGUUUUGAAUUUUCAAAUUGAACCUACAAUAUAUUUGGAUUUGAAAAAUAGAUCUGAUAUUUCUUGGAUGUUAUUUAAUAAUCUUGAAAUGGUAAACUUUGGCAUUAUGACAACCUUUAUCAAUCUUGAUAUUGGAUAUGUGAAUUGCAAAUUGAAAACGUGUCAAAUACAGCAUAUUUUCCAAGGUGAUUACCAGGAAAUGUCCACAACAACAAAUUUCCUAGUAGAGAGUACUGAAAUAUUCGAUUCUUACAUUGCUGUUGCCUCUUCCUUCCUAACCUUAUUCAAAGAUUGUAAAUUUAUUGGAAAUGAUAACCUUGGGACCAAUUUACUACUGAAAUUAUCCAAUCAACUUGUUUUUGAUAAUAUUGUGAUGAGUAAUGCUUAUUUGUUGAUAUCAAUUGAUGAAACCAAUAUUGUCAUAUUUAAGCAGGGACAAUUUACAACUUCUCGAUUAAUUGUUUCUACUAUUAAUGUGAAGAAAGUCCACAUUAGCUAUGUGAAUGCUAUUGACUGUUCCAAAGAUAAUAUUUUCUUUGCAAUAUUAUUUUCUGAUUCGUGCACAAUAGUGAAUUCAUUCUUCCAGAGAUCAGGUUCAAUUCUGAAUAUAAGAGGUGUAAAGAACCUUAAUAUUGCAAACGUUGAAUUCGAUGAAAAUGUUCAAACCGAGGCAGUUUCAAAUGCUCAAACCUCACCAAUUGAACUCAAAAUCAUUGACAACUUGUUAAUGAUAAAUGUCACUGUUCGAAAUCAGUACAGCAACUAUUUAAAUACUGCCUACGCACUAUAUAUUCAGGAUGUUAUCAGGUUGAAAAUUGAUGAUUGUUAUUUUGUGAAUAACAGAAUUGGAGCUCUGAGAAUUCACAAUCCAAUUUUUUCUGAAUCCUACAAGUAUUCGGCUUCCAUUACCAAGACACGUUUUGUUGCCAACAAAUGUUCAACUGCUGGAUGUGCAAUGUCUUUGGAAAUGAUAUUCUACUUGAAUAUUUCGGAAUGCCAAUUUAAUGAUAAUGAUUCACCAUCAGAUGGAGGUGCGAUUGUUGCUACUGCAUUACAGAGAUCUCUUAUUUCUGAUUGCACUUUUCAAAAUAAUAUAGCUCAAGGAAAUGGUGGUGCAAUUGCUUUUGGAGGUAUUAUUGUUUAUCCAAACGAGGUUUCAGGUUGUGUGUUUAUUCGAAAUAAGGCAAAAAAGGCAGGAGGUAUUUAUUUUGAGAAAAAUAAUUUAAAAUCAAUCAAAAAUUCCAAAUUUUUCGAGAAUAGUGCUGAUUAUGCUGGUGCCAUCUACUCAUUAGGUAGCUUACCUCAAUCAUUUGUGAAUUCAUGUUCGUUCUCUAACAAUCAAGCUUUCAAGUUUGGUGAUAAUUUUUUGGCACUAGCUGAAAGAGUUGCUCCCACACAAAUAUUGGAAGGAAUGAAACUUCUCAAGCCAGGACAAACCGUAAGCAUCAAUGUAACUGCAUAUUCAUACGAUGGCGAACCAAUUCCUCUAGACUCAAUGCCUUUCAUAUGGCCUAAACGAUUUUUUGGUAAGAGACUUUUUGUUGAUGUUGUGCAAGAAGCUUUCAAAAUGAGCUUCACACCAUAUGUUGUGAACUAUCCAGAGUUGGACGAAGAGUACUCAGUGAUCAUUUCUGUUGCGAAUAUUACCGCUGUAUCAAUAGUUGUUAGUAACUGUUCAGAAGGAGAACAACUGAAACCUUUUGCAUUGGCCUCGGUAGCCAAUAUCUAUUCUUGUGAACAGAUUUCACAACUUUCAUUCACACUAUUUCUUGCUAUUUUACUCCCUGUUUCACUUAUUGUAUUUGGUCUCGGUAUUAUUGUGACAAUUUGUAUAAUGAAAGGGAUAGUUCAUAUUCGAAAGAGACUUGUUUUAUUAAGAGAGAAGGAACAUGCUGAGAGAUCAGUAGAAAAGAGAAUAAUAGAUAAGAAAAUUAUUUUUGGAGAUUCAUAUCAGCCAUUAAUUGAUGAGAGUGAGAAUAGUCUUGAUAGCAUGCGUUAUGGACAGGAAUUGAAAGCACGAUCAUUCAUCAUACCAAUUUCUGAACUUACAAUUGAAAGGAAAUUAGCUGAGGGUGGUCAAGGAGUUGUAUAUGUGGGUAAUUGGGGUUCUUCAACUGUUGCAAUUAAAUCUUUGAAAUCAGAUCAAAGUGAAGGUUUUGAAACUGAAGUCAGUUUACUAGCAUCUCUUAGACAUCCAUGUAUUUUGACAUUCUAUGGAAUUUCCAUAACAAAUGACAGCAAAUACAUGAUAACUGAAUAUUUGUCAGGUGGAAGUUUGGAGAAAUUGAUUUAUUCAAGCAAGACAAAAACAAUUGCUUUGACAUAUAUGGAAAAGAUAAAUAUCCUUAAAGAUAUUGCAAUAGGAAUGAAUUAUUUGCAUACAUUGACACCUCCUAUAAUUCAUAGGGAUCUGAGUGUUUUGAGCAAUGUUCUCGGCUCAGCCUCAUCAUCUUCAUUAUCGGGAUGUGUAACAGAUGUCUAUUCAAUUCCCUAUGAAAUGUUUGCGAGUCGAAUUAUUGUUAAUAAGGAUCAAGAUUUGCAAUACAAAGUCAAGAUUGUAAAGAAGGCUAGUAAUACAAGGAGCAGUAAUCUUCUCUCCUCUGAUAAUACAUUGGUAGAGCUCAAGAUUGCCUAUGAUGCUGGAUUGAGCGGUGUUGGAUCUGUUGGCUAUUCUUUCAAUGACACAUUAGGAUCCAUCGUUUUAGAAAUCAAAUCCAAUACUAAUGAUAAUAGUAAUAAUAAUAAUAAUAAUACUGAUAUCAGCAAUCCUAACAAUUCAACCAUUUUCAAUUCAACACAACCUGUAAAUAAUUCAUCCAACAAUAGUAAUUCAACAACAACAACUAAUCCUCAAACAAGUACAAAUCCAACAAAACCUUCACCCACCAUAUUAUGUUUCGAGGGAAGAACGUUAAUGAGAUUCAGCAACUUGCAAGGUAAAUUACCAGUUGGUGCCUAUAUUAGCUCUGCAUCAUUGGAUUUGACCUAUGUAGCCUGGGUGAAAGGAUGUAAGAUUAGAGUCAAUUAUUUGAAUAAUACUUGGGUUGUGGCCAAGAAAACAGGUUGGAGAUUUAGAAAUUACGACCAGAAACUGGAAUGGAUUAGUGCAGGAGGAGAUGUAUUAUCUAAUUCUUAUUCUGUUAUGGAAAGUGGAAUGAGUGAUGAUGGAAAUCAAAUCAAAUCCAUAGCUCUGGAUCCUUAUAUUGUACAAUCGUGGUUUGAUGAUAAUUCAAAGAAUAAUGGCGUCAUGAUUAGCGAGGUUAUAGGAACCACCAUCAAACCAACAAUCUUCGGAGGAAACUCUACUAUUAGCUUCAGACCAAGAUUAACAAUAACCUACCAAUUACAACCAACCAAGCCUCCACAAUACCCAAUGGUUUUAGGCUUAUUACCACUGAGAAUAUUUGUACAAUCCAAGACUGUUAAUUGCUCACAAAUUGAUUGUGGCGAUGAUGAUACUGGAUCUGGAGCUAUCAAUGCUCCUUUCAGAUCCCUCGCGAAGGCCAUCACAUUUGCACAACCAAAUGAUAUUAUUUUGUUGAGAGAGGGUGUUCAUGCAGGUAAUGUUCAAAUUACAAGAAGAAAUAUUACCAUUCAGUCCUACUCAAAUGAGAAGGCAAUCAUUGCUAGCCCUGUGAAUGACCCAUCCAUUGCAAUAGCUCUCUAUUUUAGAAGAGAUUCUUCGUAUUCUACUCUGAGAAAUGUAGAACUUGUGGGAGGUUUUGAUUAUGCAAUCAGAUUAGAGUCCAGUAUUGAUUGGGGUGGAAAUAACCUGAAAUAUGGAGCAUCUAAUAUUGUUAUUGAAAAUUGUAAGAUACACGGUAGUGGCUAUCACCUAAUUAAGAUUGACUCUCUUUGUGAGAAUGUAAAUAUUAGAAAUAAUGAACUUUUUGAUGCUGGUAAAAGAGUUAGAACUGGUGGAAGUGCUAUUGUUUGCUAUGAUACUUUCAUGACCAGAAUCCAGGAUAAUUACAUUCACCACACUAUGGGCGCAGCAGUAAUGAUCAAGUCAGGUGCCAGAAAUUCAAUAAUUGAAAGAAAUUAUAUUAACAAAAUUUAUGGAGCUGGUAUUUUAGUUGGUUUUUAUGAGACUGGAGAGUAUUUUAGUGAUCCAAGCCAGAAUCCUCUCUAUUAUCAAGCCGUUAAUACCAUUGUGAGAAACAAUAUUCUGAAUGAUAUUUCUGGAGCUGGAAUAGGACUUUAUUCUGCAAAAAAUACACUUAUCCUAUUCAACACUAUUUGGAAAGCUGCAAAAGAUAACCAGGCAGGUAUUUUAAUUAAUGUUGUUCAAACAUGGGUCAGUAACAGCUACUCGCCUAUUGUACCUUGUACCAAUGUUACAAUCAUGAAUAAUAUCAUUGGUACAGCUACUGAAAGAAUUAUAGAGAUUCGAACACUCACUAGCUAUGUUGAUGAUUCAGUUGUUGGAGGACUAGAGGGUAAUAUGAAUGUAUCUUUCAAUAUUUACUAUUCCAUGAAGAAUGCUAAUGGAGUGAAUGGUCUCUUUUCUGAUCAGAGAAAUACUAUUGGUUAUGUUGGAGGAUUCUCAGGAUGGCAAACUAAAUAUCAGGAUUAUGGAAGUGUUGAAGGAAAUCCUCUAAUUGAUCCAAUAGCUUAUUAUCCCACCUCAACUUCAAAUGCUAUCGGAAAAGGAAUGUAUAUUCCCUCCACAAUCUCAGAUUACUUUGGAAGACCAAUGAAAUCCAAGUUGGUGACUAUUGGUGCCUUACAGUUCCUCAAUGAUGGUUUCGAAGAUGAUCCAACCAUGAAAUAUUCCAUUACUAACAUUAUUUACAAUCCUUCAUUUAAUGGAACUGUUCCACCAAAAGAUGUGCCAACUUGGGCACCUCCAACCACAUACAGAACUAUUUACGUAUCUGCAACCAAUGGUAACGACAAUUCAGGAAAUGGUACCAUUGUCAAUCCUUUUAAAACCAUCAAAAAGGUUACUGAUUCCUCUUUCGCAAAGGAUAAUGAUAUUGUAAUUGUGAGAGGUGGUAUUUAUCAAGAAGGAGCCAUUCGUAUAUCUUCAACCAAUUAUACUAUCAAAUCUUAUGAGAAUGAGAUUGUCACGAUUGUUAGUGAUAUUAACAAUGGUAAUAUUUUAUGGGGAAUUAAAACCUUUUCCAAAUUUGUAACCAUUGAAGGGUUGGAAAUUGUUGGUUCAUUCUACUAUGGACUAAUGAUUGACUCUUCAGAUGUUACCAUAAGAAAGGUCAAGAUUCAUGAUACAGGUUCAGAUUGUAUUAAACUUUCUCCUUUCACCAAGAGAAUUUCCAUUCUCCAGAGCGAAAUUUACCAUUGUGGAAAGAGAAAAACCUAUCAAGCAGGUAAUCCAAAUCAAGAUUCAGCAAGUGGUGAUGGCAUUCGAUGUGUUAAUGUAGAUGAUGUAUUCAUUAGUAGAAAUUACAUUCACGAUCUCACUGGAACAGCCAUAAAAACUCAAGGAGGAGGUCUUAGGGCUAUAAUUGAGAGAAAUCUCAUUCUUAAUAUUGGAGGCUUAGGAAUUACUUUAGGAUUUUAUGAAGAAACUUCCUAUAUGGAUCCAACACAGAAUGUAUACUACUAUGAAGCUAUUGAAGGAUUAGUGAGGAAUAAUAUUAUAGUCAAUGUGCAAGGAUGUGGUGUAGGUCUCUAUGCAUCGAAAAAUUCUAGAGUUUUACACAAUACCAUUGUGAGUUCAGCCCUUUCGAUGCAAGUUCCUAUUUUAUUGGCUGCUAGUCCUCAUACAAUCAAUAGCGUAGAGAUUGCAGGUCAGAGUAAUCACAAUCCAAUGGUUAAGAAUAAUAUUGUGCAAGUUUCAGAAUCUGGUAUAACUCAGACAAUUUAUGAAAUCAGAGUUCAGGAUGGAGAUGCUUUGGAUAACUCUAAACUAGAUUCAAAUUUCAAUAUUUAUUACAGUAAUUUCAAUAAUUACCAUGGAAACUCUUUGGCGAAUAUCAAUUUUAUGGAUAGAAGAUUAUCAAGCUACCUGUUUACUUCUGAUUUUCAUUUAUGGAGAGCUCAUAUUCAAUCUGAUUACAACUCGUCUAUAACUGAUCCAAAACUUGAUUUCAAUUUGAACAUUGGAGAAGACAGUCCAGCUAGAAAUACAGCACCUCUUCUUUCUGAAGUUUCUGAAGAUUUCUAUGGUAAUUCAAGAUCAGAAAACAAUAAUGACAUUGGUGCCCUAUUAUUCACAACUGAUUUGUCAAAUUCUUCGUACUAUCCUCCUGUAGUUGGAAGUUUAUUAUUGAAGAGUGGUAAAAACGUAUGCUCUGGAAAUAUGAGCUCGUUUGAAACUCCUAGAACCUACUAUGUACAUAAUAUUGAGGGUUCGGACACUGAUUGUUUGGGAACUUUUGACAUGCCCUUCAAAACUAUUCAACAGGCACUCGCGGUAGCUUCUCCCUUCAGUAAUAUAACGAUAAGGUACACUGGAGUGUCCUACAAUGAAUCGUUAUCUAUCAAGACACCCUAUUUGAGAAUUUCAACAUUUGAGAAUGAUCCAUACGAGGCAUUGAUUCUUUCUUCAAUUUAUUCACCAUCUAUUCUUCAUACUUUGAGAUUUGAAUCAACUGCUUUCGGUUGUUCUCUUAGUAGAUUACAUCUUCAAGGAGGAUAUUUCUAUACUCUUAAAGUAGAUGCAGAUAAUAUUCAAGUAGAUCGCUCAAUUAUUCACUAUUGCGGUACUAAAUGUGUGUUUGCCUUAAAUGCUGAUAAUUUCACACUCACCAACAGCGAAGUGUAUGAUUCUGGAAUGAGAGAUCCAAGCGAAGGUGAAGGAGUUCAUGCGGUUGUUUCCCAUAACUUUGAAUGUAAGGACAACUAUGUUCAUGACAUUACUGCCGAUGCUAUCAAAUUAGAAGGAGGGUCAUCUCACGCAAUAAUUGCUGGUAAUGCUAUUUCUAAUGCAGAUAGAGGUAUUCUAGUUGGUGGAAGAAUUGAUAAUUUGGAUUUAUUUGAAAAAUCUAAUACUCAUCUUUAUGAAACGUAUAAUUCUUCGGUUUAUAAUAAUAUUAUUUCAAACACAUUUGGAGUUGGAAUUGCAAUGUAUGGAGCUAAGCAAUGUGAAAUUUAUUUCAAUACCAUUCUGAAUACAUGUAUUACUAACACACAAGGAGCAGCCAUUCAUUUGGCUAGUACGAAACAUAGAAAUUUAGUUAUUACUCCAGUUGACUCCCUAGUUAUUGUAAACAAUAUUGUUUAUAAUAGCGAUCCAAGCAAUGCAGGUGCCAUGAUUAGAAUUGAUGAAGGUCUUGAGGGUUUUUCAGCAUCCAUCACUGGAUCUGUCGUAAUGAACAAUAACCUGUAUUAUUCCAACAAAUCAUCCGUGUUUGUGGAUGGAAGAAAGGCAACUAAAUUUUCAGGAAACUUUAAUAUUUGGAAAACUCAAAUCUCCAACUACUUUGGAAAUGGAAACGAAGUCAACAGCUUGAACGUAGCUCCAUUAUUAGAUACUGAUAAUCUUUCUCCAAAGGGCUCUUCACCUGUGAUAUCUUCUGGACAAAUUUCUUCAAUAACUCAAUCCAUAACAAGCGAUUUUUAUGGCAAUGUCAGAGAUUCAAUUAAUUCUUCUGAUAUUGGUGCCAUAGUGGGUGAUGCUCUCAUUGUUUCCAAAUCAAAGCCAAGAACUAUUCCACUGAAUAUUUCUAAGAUUGCCCUCUCCAAAAGUUCAAACAUUGUUAGAUAUCCUCCAAGCGGAAAGCAAUCAACAUGGUUUGUUCCUGGCUAUACAACAGUUGACGAUCCAUCCCUGUUUGAUUUGUCCAAUUGUUCUAUCUAUCCUUCUGAUAAUCCAUGGAAUCAAGAUAUUUCCAAUCUACCUGUUCAUCCUCGAUCUGAUGCCUUCAUUAAUAAUGUACCAAAGAAGUUUCUUCAUGCAGACUUUGGAACGACAUACGAUGGUGCACUGAAUGGUAUUCCUUAUGUAAUUGUAACCAAAGAUCAAGAAAAAGUUGGAAUUACUCUGACUUCCUAUGCUUCUGAAUCUGAUCCAGGUCCAUAUCCAUUUCCAGAAGGAGCUCCUAUUGAGGGAGGCCCUAAUUCUAAUGGAGAUCGACAUAUAAUUGUAUUGGAAAAGGAUAGUUGUAAGCUGUACGAAACUUGGAGAACUUUCCCUAUUUUGAAACAGUAUCGUGAAUCAGAGGGAGGAAACUUUUUCACAGCCGAAUGUGGAGCUAUUUUCGAUUUGAAGUCAAACAAUUUAAGACCACUUGGAUAUACUUCAUCUGAUGCGGCUGGUUUACCUGUUUAUCCAGGACUUGUAAAGUAUGACGAAAUUGUUGUAAAGAAACAACUCAAUCAUGCUGUCAGAUUCACAGUAAUGACAAGUCAGAAAGCUUACAUCUUACCAGCUACUCACUUUGCCUCCUCAAAUACGAAUCCAAAUAUCAUGCCAAUGGGAUUGAGAUUGAGAAUGAAGGCAACCUAUGAUUGUUCUCUCUUAUCAGAGGAAAUUCAAGUAAUUUGCGCAGGAUUGAAAAAGUUUGGCAUGAUUUUGGCAGACAAUGGUGGAGAUUUUUAUGUUUCAGGAUCUCCACAUCCAUUGUGGGAUGAUAAUCACCUCAAUGAUAUGAAGAAGAUUCCAUCUCUUGCCUUUGAAGUUGUCUACACUGGAAAGACAUGUAUUGAUCCUAGUUGUAACACAUGGAGAGAUGAAAUUAUCAAUUAA